AUGAUGAACUCCCGCUACUCUGCGCAACUUGCGCCUGUAUUGCUACGCAGUGGCAACAGAACAGCAUUCCAACGAGCUGCCCGAUUUCCUCGCCAGUUGCCCGCCAUCGCCAUCUUGGUCCCACGACAGGCUGUAUCGACAGACACUUCUCAGAGAAGCACAGAUGGCCAGCCGCCACCCGGGUUCAACCUCGAGCAGGCUAAGAAGCCUCUCCCGAAGGAUCAGGAGAAGGACAAAGCCGCCUCAUCAGCUUCCGCCGGCGCAGACGCGGUAGUCAAGAUACCCACAGCAAAGCCAUCGGAAAGCGCACCGACACAGGCAGCGGAGCAGGCGGCGCUCAACGAGCUAGCCGCUCAGAAAGCUGCAGAGGAAAAGGCUGGCCAGAGCAAAGAGGUCGCCAAGAAGGAGGACAAGAAGAAGUUGACCAUCUGGCAGAAAGUCAAGCAUGAGGCACAACAUUACUGGGAUGGGACGAAGCUUUUGGCCACGGAAGUGAAAAUUUCUUCCAAACUGGCCUUGAAGAUGGCGGCGGGAUACGAGCUCACCCGCAGAGAACAUCGACAACUUACCAGAACUGUGCAAGACAUUGGACGACUGAUUCCAUUCUCGGUGUUCGUCAUCGUUCCAUUCGCCGAGUUAUUGCUUCCCGUGGCGUUGAGACUGUUCCCUAACCUGCUGCCGUCCACAUACGAAGGUGCAAAGAGCAAGGAGAAUAAAGCCACUCGACUUAGGACGUCGAGGAAAGAGGUCUCCAAGUUCUUGCGACAAACCAUGCGGGAGUCUGGUCUCCCCAUUUCACAGGCCACAGCGCAAAAGGAGGAGUUCACCGAGUUCUUCCGGAAGUUGCGUGCCACCGGUGAAGAGCCAACUAAGGCGGACGUCAUCAAAGUUUGUAAGCUUUUCAAGGAUGAUUUGACCCUGGACAACCUUUCACGACCACAACUCGUCGGUAUUUGCCGGUACAUGAAUCUCUCCACCUUUGGGACGGAUGCCAUGCUGCGAUACCAGAUCCGCCACCGCAUGAGACAGAUCAAGCGCGAUGACCGUGCCAUCAGCUACGAAGGUGUCGAGUCGCUGUCCGUUCCAGAACUUCAGACCGCUUGUGCUGCACGUGGUCUGCGAACACACGGCAUGAGCCCAGGUCGCCUUCGGGACGACCUCCAACUGUGGCUGGACCUUCGUCUCAAGUACGGCGUCCCUAGCACCUUGCUCGUGUUGAGUAAUGCUUUCAUGUACGCUCAGGGCAAGGAGACCGAAUUCGAUAGCCAGCUUUCUGCUCUGCAGGCCGUGCUGUCCAGCAUUCCAGAAGAGCUGUUCCAUGAAAUUGAACUGGAGGUGCACAACGCCGAAGGUGCCACCACCAACAAGCAGAGACUGCAGGUCAUCAAGGAACAGCAAGAGCUUAUCCAGGAAGAGAACGAGCAAACCGAGCAGCAGAAAGCUGGAGGACGUGAGGCUCAGAACGUUAGUGAUAAGGAAGACAUUGAUGAGAAGGACGAAGAGCAGAGACAGGAGGCCGCACUUUCGCAACAGCAAGCGGCUGAUAUGCAAGAGGCUGAAUCCGAUCUCGAGCGACAGCAGGCCAAAUUUGAGAGACCCAUCAAGGCAGAAGAGGAGCGACAGCUCGAGGCGUCCAGUGCUGGUACAGCGGAAGGUCCGUCUCCAACCAAGGAAAAGGUUGAGACGAAGUAG